AGCUUUCUCCGCAGGUUGUGUUGAGCGUUCUUUGACCGAAGAGUACCGGUCUACAUAUUGUGCUUUGUAAUUUGUUAACUGUGACUACCUUGGCUUACCUCGAAAAUUUACCGACAUCAUGACUCUUGUCCAGCCAGGUCCAGAAUUGCAGAUUACCAUCAGGAAAGAACUGAAUGAAGAUGUUAACACCAGAGAUAGCGACCUGCAGCAUAUCAAAGAAUGGCUACUUAAACAACCUCAUCUACCUGACACUUGGGAUGAACAUCGCACGAUGACCUUCUUGCGAGGCUGCAAAUUCUCUUUGGAGAAGUGUAAGAGGAAGUUGGAUAUGUACUUCACCAUGAGAGCGGCAGUGCCUGAAUUUUUCUCCAAUAGAGACAUCAACAGACCAGAGCUGCAACAGAUCCUUGAGCUGGGGACCAUACCACCAUUGCCAGGUCUAACCCCUGAAGGAAGACGAGUGGUCGUCCUUAGAGGGAAAGUCAAAGAGGUGGACACCCCAAACAUAGCCGAUAUCAUGAAGGUGGUCCUCAUGAUCGGCGACAUUCGUUUAGACGCUGAAGAGACGGGCGUCGCUGGAGACGUCUACAUACUGGACGCCAGUGUCGCCACUACCAACCACUUCGCAAAAAUCACCCCGGCUAUAGUCAAAAAGUUCUUGGUUUGCGUACAGGAAGCCUACCCAGUCAAACUGAAGGAAGUCCACGUGGUCAACGUUUCUCCUCUGGUCGACACCAUCAUCAACUGGGUGAAGCCCUUCAUCAAGGAGAAGAUCAGGAACCGUAUCCACGUACAUUCCGAUCUGGAGUCCUUGCACAAGUUCAUACCAAAAGAUAUCUUACCAGAAGAGUACGGUGGAACCGCCGGGAAGCUACAGGACUUCCAUGACCAGUGGAUAGAGAAACUAAAGGAAUACACCCCUUGGUUCAAGGAACAAGAAGAGAUAAAGGCGGAUGAGUCCAAACGUCCUGGAAAACCUACCAAUUAUGAAGACCUCUUCGGCCUCGACGGUAGUUUUAGGCAGCUGACCAUAGAUUAAGGGAUAAGCUAUCGAAUAAAUAGUUAAUUAAAUUGGUCUACUGUGCUCUGAAACGUUUGAAAUAACACAAUAAGACAACUAAUUUUUACCGAGGUAUGACUAAUUGUAUCUUUGUCUUUGUGCAUUUUUUUCUAUUUCAUUAUCUCCUGGGGUAGACCUCCGAUCUUAUAGUAUAUUUCUCUGUUUCUCUUCUAAGUAAAUAACAAAUAUUAUAUAAAAACAUUGAAAUCCUUCAAUUGGAAAGAAAUUUUGGCUGCGGUUAUAUUAUCACCAUCCAAAGAUUGUACCUAUAUGUUUCAUAUUUGAGAAUAGUUGCUCAAAAAUACCUAGGAAUUAGGAUUAAUUUUUAGUUCACCAUCCUUCAUCUUACAUUUUUUAUAUGAGAUAUAUAAUAAGCGUAAUAUUGUUAGUUCAUGUUUCUCAUCAACUCAUUUUCAUGAUUAAAUGCUGUUCUUUGUUAA